GCAAAUACACAGUUAAAUGCUUAAUCUACCUGUGGAUUUCCCCCUUAUUUAUCUCCCUAAUUAUUAUUCUGUUAAUCUGUUGUAAGUGUUCAGUUUCACUUGAUUAAACAGGGUACUAGGUAACUGAGAGGCAAAAACAAUGCAAUUUUUUAUUAUGACAAAAUACAGCAAAAUAGCCCCAUUGGCUAUUAGUUAUAGAUAAGCAAUAUGCGGGAGGCAGUGGAAGACAGGAGUGCUUGGCGUGCUCUGGUCCAUGGGGUCACGAAGAGUUGAACACGACUAAACGACUAAACAACAACAAGCAAUAUGCUAAUAUGCUAUUCCCAAUGUCCAAGGCUGUGGGAUUAGUUUGAGUCAAAUUUAGAGGAUAUAACAAUUAAUUCCACCUUUCAUGCCAUGGUAGGGGAUGGAGAUGGAGAGAGCAGGUUUUGCAAGACCUUUCAGCAGCUUUCAGGACCAUCAACCAUAGGGACUGGGCCUUUGAGGCUCAGUCUCAUUGCAGUUCUGAUCCUUUCUAGAGGGCGGAACCAGAAUUGUGUUAAGCAGUGGUGGCUGGUGCCCACUUGGGAAUGGUAGAGCAAAAGGCAGGGAGCCAACAGUAGGUGGUGCAACAGCCAAUGAGAAGCGAAGCCAACUAAUUCUAAUUUUGUCCUCCUUCCUGCUGAGUUCUAAAAGGAUGGGACUGAGACUAAGGAGGAGGAAGCUGACAGCCAUGGCCACUUCCUGCCCUGGUUGUGAUUAAGAAGGUUGGCAGGUGUAAAAAUUAUUUAACAAAAGAAGAAGAAGGUUGGCAGGUGGGUGGGGUUAGCUGAUGGACAGCUGAGGUUGGGCCCCAUUCAUGCUAAUGGAGCAGCCUCUACUGGUAUUAAAGGACUUUGUUCUACAGCACAGGUGCUGUUAGUAGCUAGAAGUGCCUUUUACUGUACUUUGUUGCAUGCUGAUUUGUCAUCUGGAGAAAGCCCCAGUUAUAUCUAAACUAGACUGCUAUAAUACACUACAUAUAAGGCUCUCUUUACAGACAGUUCAGAAUCUUCUGCUGAUACAGAUCACAGCUGCCAAGAUGCUUGUAAGAGCCAAGUGUUGAUAUCAUGUUACAAAAAAAAAUCAGGGGUUGUCAGACUUCCUAUCCCCAGGGCCAACUUAACAUGGCUAAAAAUUUUGGGGUGCACAUACCACAAAAUAGUAUGGGGUGCUGUUGAUAAAUGAGGUUUCACUUGUCUGAAAAUAUUUUUAGUAAACUCUCAUUUCUUCUGCCCUUCUCCUUUCAUACUUAAUUUGUAUCAUUGCCCCAAAUUUCCAAAUUCUUUAACCCCUCCUCUUCCUGCUCCUUUGAUAUUGUUUCCUUCCUCCUUCUGUAGCUUCUCUCAUUCCCUUUUCCGCUACUCCCAUUAUUAAUUAAUAAAUAUAUUAAUAAUGACAACAAUCAAUAAUCAUUUCUCUCUCUCCCUAAUUUCCAUCAUUGCUCCCUUUGAUCCGGAGGGGCUUUCGUGGCUUGGUAAUAAACCAGCCAUGCAGGUAGGAGGACUUGUGUACUUGCUUAUAUAGCAAGUCGAGGGGCCAGGAAUCACAUCACUAGGCCAAGGUGCUUAUCAUUUUCCUUUCCUUCAGCCCAUCCAUCCUUUUAAUUUCAUUCCAUUACAGUAUUCCAUUUUUUUACACUUUGUUGGCCACUCUAUCCAUUGUCCUUUUCUUCUUUUGAUCCUUCCCUACUUUCUAGCUGUGCAUAGUACAGUCUUCCCUCUCUCUUUGUCCAACUCCUAUACAUGCCUUUGCGCUACUCAUGCAAGGGAGUAGGUGCUUGUCCAACCAACAACUGGCAUUUCAGUAAAGAAUAUUCCAGGCAAUUUAUCAACAGAUAGUACCAGACUAAGGCUACAGUUCUAGACCCGCUUACUUGGGUAGUCAUGUAUAGGACUGUACUGUAAACUGCUUUAUCCAUCUAUAAAUGUGUAUGAAUAAAGAAUUAUCAGAGUAAUAUAAUAACUAAGUCACCUGUAAAAGGUGAUUACUUGCAGUGAUAGAUAGAUGAUGAUGAUGAUGAUGAUAGAUAGAUAGAUAGAUAAAAAAAUCAGAGUAUAUACAUAGAAGUCAAACUUUUGAUAGUGUCCCAAUGAGUAGAGACAACCAAUUUUAGGAGUGAGUAUAAAAUAAUGGUUACUUAAAAAUGGUUAGAGAAUAAAUGUUUAACCAGUCCAGUAACUGAUGAGGAAGGUGUCAAAUUAAACAUAUAUUUAUCAAUUUUAAUGGGAAAAAUUUUUAUCCUGUCCUUCACAGAGUUGACCACAGAGUUAGUCAACACUGAAAUUGAGAGAGGAAAAAGAGGUAAAUUCAUGAAAAACAAGAACGCGUGAAGCUAGUCAACAUAAUAACUGGAGAUGUUGUUAUCCCCCAAAUCAGAAGGAAAAUCAACAAGCAAUACUUUUUCUUGCUGAUGAUGGGUUUCCCCCCAGUUUUGUAGGCUGUUGAGUUUGCUCUGCUUAGUUUUAUUUAUGUCUCACUCUAGGGUAUCUGGAGUGAUUGAAAGGCAACCAAUAAAUUAUUUUAAUAAGGCAAUAAACUGUGACGAAUGAAAUAUGGAAAGUCCUGUUAACACUGGUGGGCUGCAUAUGUGGUACCUAUCUGUAUUUUGGAUAUAGCAGAAUAUUGCAGGCUUGGCCACAUGUAGCAUUUGCCACAGCAGUUUGUCUAGUGUGGCUAUUAAAACAUCAUAAAGAGGGAAAGUGGACACAGAUUUGUACCCUAUUUGAUUAUGCUCAUUUAAGUGUUUUUCUGCUCCACUUCUCCCCACUGGUGCCACGCAGAUCUGCUACCAAGCUGCACUGUAGUCAGUUUCUACCUCUUUUUCAUAGCAAACCAACCCACCUCACUAGUGAUGCUGGUUACAUUAGAGUCUGUUGGGAAAUGUAGGUGCAAGACUCCACAGCCCCACUAUAUAACCUUAUUUUGAUGCUGUAAAUUGUUGAGUAAACAUAUGCAAAAAAAAAGGCUCUAUCUGCACAAUACAUUUAAAGCAGUUUCACACCACUUUAAACAGUUAUGGCUUCCUCCAAAUAAUCCUGGAAGCUGCAGUUUUUUAAGGGUGUUGAGAGAGUUGUUACGGACCCCUACUGCCCCCCCCCAAGCUACAGUUCUCAGAGUUCCCUCCCAAAGAGGGAUUGAUUGUUAAACCACUUUGGAAACUGUAGCUGCUACAAACUCUUAGCACCCUUCAUAAACUACAUUUCCCUGGAUUCUUUUAGGUAAGCCAUUGACUCAGGAAGUGCAGAUGUUGGCCUCUGCUCUGUCUUCUCUCUGCAGGCGGACCAAAUAAAUUCUGACCUUCCUCGGAGAACCCGUGUCUGUCUUUAUUGACUGGGGAAAACGCUGCAACACCAUGACUGUUUAAAGUGAUAUGAUACUGCUUUAAAUGUAUAGUUCAGAUUGGGCCUAGUUCACAACACACUGAAGCAAUAGUGUCGCUUUGUAAAAGUCUAAACUAUACCCUCCAACACUUCUCCAAUGAAAAUUGGGACGUCCCAUUCCAUAAUGAUAAUUUUACUUUUACAUGUCUUACUGGGUUGCCCCAGCCAUUCUGGGCAGCUUCCAACAUGUAUAAAACAUAAAAAAACAUUAAAAACCUUUAUACAGGAUUGCCUUCAGGUGGCUCAGAGGUUGGAUAACUCAAAACCCUCCAACAUUUCUCCAAUGAAAAUAGGGACAUCCUAAGGGAAAGUGGGACAUUCCAGGAUCAAAUCAGAAAUCAGGAUGGCUUCUCUAAAUCGGGAACGUCCCUGGCAAAUAGGGACACUUGGGGGAGGGGUGUCUACUAGACCAGAGGAUUUUCGGAACAAAUUCUUUUUUCCCCCCUCACCUUUUUCUAAACUAAAACACUUCAAACGUUGUAAUUUUUUCUCAUAAAAGAGUUUCUUAAAGGUAGUUCUUAAAGGCACAGAAAUUCUUCAAGAAAAUAGGUAGCAGUCCUACUAAAAACAAAACAGAACCAUAUAAUCGUAUCCAAACCCGUUACACACGUCUGACCCGCCGCUCCAAGCAACAAAAUAGUAGGGAACUCAGCCUCUUUCACUCCACCGCAAAGUUUUGUUUUUUAAAGGGGGAGCUCGAGGACACUUCUAGUAAAAAAACUACAGCUCCCAGGAUGCUUUGCGGCAAAGGGGGGGGGAGUCGCGUCGUGCGACGCGAAAUUGUGACCUCUCCCCUCCGUUUCGGCUCUCGCACUAACAAUUGCCUGGGCGCCUUUAGGAGGAAGGAGGGGGCAAAGGGGAGGAGGAGGAGGGAGGCAGGCCGUGAAAGCCCCCUCCUGCGCAGGCGCGGAAGACCGGGAAGGCGAAGAGCGAAUCACAGGGUAGGAAACAAAACUGCCGGCUUUCAAAUCCUCCGCCUCCCAUAACGCCAUCGUCUUCGUAGGCUUGGGGCUGCGGUAGCGUCUGCAACGUGACAGGCUGGAACCCGGCGCUUUCGCAGGUAAGCGGCCGCCGGGUGGUCUCGCGCGAGGAGGGGCGGGAGUUGACGGGCUGGGUUUAUUAGGCAGGCUCGCCGGUGAGAGGGCGCCGGGUGGGUUUGUUAGCGCCGCCUCCCCGCUUUCCGCCCCGGCCAUGCCAGGCGCGGCGCGUGGUGGGAAAGGAGGAGGCACUUGCGCGUUGCCCCUCAAGAUACACGUGUCCGUAUCUUCCCACGGGACAUACACCGUGCUCGGUUCGCCCGGCGGAGACGUGGAUCCAAACCUCCCCACUAGGAGUGCUUUUUUUACCAGCCCAAAACUCUCGGUCCCUUCCCUGUAUGACGUCACGCCCUCGUUGGCAGUUUUAGGGCCCACUCGGGUGAGCUUGUUGUGUAAUUUUGUUGUGCUGUUGCGUUUGUGCGAAGCCCGUGCAUUACGGAGCGAGGGACUCGAGUCACCUCUUUGCUCACCUUCUCUCAGUUACACUUACUUUUUUAAAGUGAGCAUCUGCAUGGGAGGCUGCUUACGUAGAAUAGCGAGGAAGCAGACGGAACUGAGUCAAUGAAGGCGAGCGGUGUGUCUAGAUUGGCUGAGCGAUGCUCGAUGACUGAAUAGGCUUGCAACAUGAGGAAAUACGUCAGCUUCACGCAUUUUCCUUUUGCUUCAGGAGUAGGGUGAUAAAGGGAGAAAAACAAAAGGUUUUAAAUAGGAACUUUGUUUGGGAAGUGAUUAUUCUAAUGGAAACAAGUUGACAGUCUCUUGACCUGUGUAACAAACCACUAGUCAAUAAUAAUAUUGAAGCGUUUUGGAACUGAAGAGAUUAUAAUAAUGUGCCUUUAGCAGCACUGAUAGUCACUACAGGAGUAGUCAAAACAGGAGUGGAAAAUUAAAUACAUUUUAUGUAUUUUUUUAAAAAAAAAAUGUCUUGUCUUCUACAGAGAACUAGCAAUACAGUAUCAUUAACGGGGAAAUCAAGUUAAAGUAUGACAAGAAAAAAAUGAGUUAGAAAGCUUGAUAGUCAUGGAGACAUUGCCAAAAAGCUAACUUUCUCCCCACCCCAACUACACUUUUGAUAGUGGUGAAAUGUGAAGCCAAGUGGAUGGGGGAGGGAGUGAUCUUUUUAAAUAUAAUGGUCUCAAAUAGUGCAGAACUGAACUGGAAACCCGUGAUGAGAAGCCCAUAGGUAGGACAUAAGCACAACAACACACUGCCAUUCCUUUUCCCUAGCAUAUUCACAAGCAUACUUUCUUCAGUACUGGAGAUAGAAUAUUGCUAUUGUGACAAGUAGCCACUGAUAACCUUAUCUUCAAUGUAUUUAUGUAAUACCUUUCAAAGUCAAACAAAUUGGCAUCAGUCACUACAUAGUGAAUCCAUAGUUUAGCUAUGACGUGUUUGAAGAAGUACUUCCUUUGGCCUGUCCUGAAUUUUCCAUCAUUCAGCUUCUUUGGAUGAUCCUAGGUUCUAAAGAAAAGGACAACAGACUCCAUCCACUAAAUAAAUCCAUGCUGUGUGUAAUUUUAUACCAGUAUAUUGUUACAAAAGUCCAGUGCCUGCCUCUCUCACUGCCAAGUGGUGACAAGAGCCCAUGGGGUUACAGGGACACACACAGGGUCUUUGUCCCUUUGGAGAAUAGAAGACACGGCAGAGACUGUUGGACUUUAAAAAAAAUAUUGUUUAUUUGCACCUUCGGACUGCAUGGUGGGAGUCCAGAUCUUACAGCAGGCAUCCCCAAACUCGUCCAUCCAGCUGUCUUGGGACUACAAUUCCCAUCAUCCCUGACCACUGGUCCUGUUAGCUAGGGAUGAUGGGAGAUGUAGUCCCAAACCAGCUGGAGGGACGAGUUGGGGGAUGCCUGUCUUACAGCAUGGCCAAUGGCAUUGUAGGCAACCUUUCUUCUCUCCCUGGCCAAGAUGGAUCUCCCCCCCGCUCUUCCUCCUCAUUCCUCCCAGAAACCUCUGCUCAGAAGCACACCCCAUCAGCUUGACAACCCUUCAAAUCAGACCCCUGUCUCUGUUCACACCUGGGAGGAGGAGUUCUCCUGCCAAUUGCCCUAGCUUGGCCAGGCUGGUUUGCAUAAGCCAGCCCAGGAGUUUCCUCAAUUCAUUCAAUUUAUUCACUCCUAGGGUUUAGACAGGACCCCCCCCCCCAGAUCUAUACCAUCAUGUCCCCUUUCAGCUUUUCCUCCUCCUAAACUAAAGAGCCUAAAGAGCCUCUUUCCUCAGAGAGGAGUUACUGCAGUCCAUUGACCAUUUGGUUGCCCAUUACAGAAUAUUUUCCAGUCCUACAAUAUCCUUUUCAAGGUGGAAGAUAGGCCCUGGCCAAAACUCUAGCUGCAGCGUUUUGUACCAGUUGAAGUUUUCAAACAGUUUUCAGAGACGGUCGACAUAAAGUGCCGUAUGUUAACUUUGCCUAGAAGUGAAAAAGGCAUGACAGUGAGGAGAACUGUUUUCUCCUGGUAAGAGUACAGCUAGUGCAUCAAGCUGAAGCAGCACAAAGCAGUCCUGUCCACUACUACUAAAUGGAUCUCCAAGAGCAAAGUUGGAUCCAGAAGGGCUCCCAAAUUGUGAACCUGCUCCUUUAUGAAGAGUUGAACCUUGUCCAGAACAGACUUUACACCUAACCCUGGAUUGGGUCUCCUGAUCAACAGCACAUCUGUCUUAUCUGAAUUGAAUCUGAAUUUAUUAGCCCACAUCCAGUCGCUCCUUAAAUUCAAGCAGUGAUUCAAGACCUUUCGCGACCUCUCUAGAAUCAAAUGGGAAAGAGAAAAUUGGGUGUCCUUACCAUGCUUAUUGGUUUGUUUAUUUUUAUUUAUUUCAUAAAAUUUAUACAUCACUUGAUUGUGAAAAUAUAAAAGCCCACCUCAAAGUGGUUGUGCUAACACCACACUCCAGAUCUCUAGAGCUUCUCUCCCACAGGUUUAUGUCAGAGUUGAAUAGCAUGGAUCAUAAGAUGAAGCCUUGUGGAACUCUUGAGGGACCAAGAAAAAGGCCCUGGGGUGAAAGUACCGGUAGAUAGCUCAAUGAAAAUGUCAACCCAGUGUGCAGUGGCUAUGAAAAAGGUGAUUUCAAUGUUAGGAAAAAUUAGGAAGGGAAUUAAAAUAAAACUGCCAAUAUCAUAACACCAUUAUACAAACCUAUGGUGUAACCAUAUUUGGAAUACUGUAUACAGUUCUGGUUGCCUCACUUCAAAAAGGAUAUUGUAGAUUUGGAAAAGGCUCAGAAAAGGGCAACCAAAAUGAUCAAGGAGAUGGAGAGACUUCCCUAGGAAUCAAUGUUGAUUAUGACAGAUGCUUAGUAUAUUAUUUAAGUAUACAGGAAGAUUUGUGUGCUGGAUCAGUCUUUUAACAAUUGGCAUUCAGUGUGUUAUGUGGCAUACUGACUCAAUUUAAAAUUGAAAUAUCAUGCUCAAGCAACAUUUUAAAUAAGAAUUUGGAUUGAAAUGGGGGGGGGGAGAGGUAGUUAACAAAAUAUUAAUUCCAAGAGAUAUAAUUAGGCCUGUAGAUAAAUGUGACACCUCUUGUUUAAAAAUAGCAUGAAGGUAAUCUUCAUUUUAGAAGGUGGCAAACAGAUGCAGUGCUGUGGACAUGAGUUUUGGUGUUGAGAUAAGGAACAAGUGGCUAUUCCUUCCUAUCUAAAAAAGUGAUAUUAAUAUAGAAAAGUAAUAGGUUUGCUUUGCUUACUUUGGACCGCUAAACCACACAUUCCACAUUUUCUGGUUUUGUGGCUCGCACAAUUCUAACUGUUGCAGACCAUGUCAUCUUUGGUGCCAAUUUCUACAUCUGUGCUUAGAAAUUAAUAUAAAAUAAAUUAUUUUAGGGUAGCUUCCUUCCCUGCUACAUGAUAAAGUGGACUUUUAAAAUUACCCAACAUGGUCAAAUUGCCAGGAAACAUAGCAACAAGUGAUUUUAUUACGUAAUUGGGGGUUUCACAGUACUUGAAGGAAGUGUGUGUGAAUCUGAGUUUAUGAUAUAGUUUAUCUCUGUAGAUCAUGGACUAAGUAUAAGAUUGAAAUGAGACCCUCCAUGAUGAACUCCAUGGCAACCUGACACAAGCCUUACUCCAGCACCCUGAAAUCAGGAAUAUCCUGAGUUCACACACACACAAACACACACACACCUGAUUUUAAGGAUUAACCCAGGCAAAUUUAGUUGUCAGGUACAGGAUACUCAGCUCCUCAGUGAGAUCCAUCUACACAAUGAUAAGGUGAUGUAAAGGUUCAGGUAAUUGCUCACUGUCACAAAUCUUUCACCUUUUUGUUCAACAGACAGGAACAGGAUGACCAAAGAUGAGAACUAGGCAGGAAAUUCCAGAAGUAACUAUGGAAAUUAUAGAAACCACUCAUUUCACAACCCCCUCCCUUCUCCACUGGCAUGCCUUGGCAAAAAGGGUAUUAAAAAACCAUUAGAUGCAAAGGUUAGUUAGCUCUCACAGCUCCAACAGGACAGCACUUAACCCAGCGAUCCCUAGGACUUUGCACACGUCUGCUUCACUUUAAGGGCAUGUAUACUUUCCUCUCUCCCCCCUCCUUCUAGUGUGGGUUUAUAGCAAAAUUGUCAUGCCCUUGCUCCUGUGGGCCUUUAGAAUAGUUGGGGAAUCUUACUCUUUCAUCGAAGUGUAUACAUAUUGUCAUUUGCUACCUGCUUAGACUGUAACUUUGCCGUCUAAAGCAGCAUUUUUAUAUAGUUUGUCACCCCUGCAUUAUAUAAUAAACCAAGCUUCUUUAUUUCUUUGUGUAAGAGCUUCUUGUAGGCAUAAGACUAAGGGUUAACACACAUCCAUGACAAGCGCACCUCGUAACUCCAGCAAAAGAUCCUAAACCUCUCAGCAGUGUGUAUAUGAACAUACAUGAAUGCUGGUGGUCCACAUGAAAGUCCAGGUAGCACACAUUGUAACAUGGUGUCAGUUGGAUGUUGAUUCUGGGAGCCCAGCUUCCAUGGUUCUUGCUGACUUGCAGGGGCUUGUAUCUUACAGUAAACUGUGUUUACCAUUGAUGGUCCUGAACUAUGAGAUGUGUGUCUCCAAUAUAGCCUUCGUUGCCCAUGCCACAUUCUACAUAGACACUGUUUUUAUUGUUGUAAGUCACUUUGAGACACCUUAGUGCAAAAAUGUGACAAAUAAUGAUGAUAGGAAACCAUUGCCCUUAAGUAAGUCAGUGUGCAGCUGACUUUUUAAAAUUAUGGAUAUAGCUAUUUGGGUUCUGCUAGGUGAUGAAUAUUGCCCUUCUACUAAUUUGAGUUUGACAUGCUUGCCCCAGUUUAUCAUCAGCCUCAUGCAAAUAAUCCUUUCCUGAAAUGUGCUGAUGCCAAAUAUUAAACCAAACUGCAUUAUUUAUGUGGAACUUAGCAGAAGCACGGCAGUACACACUAGCAAACUAUGCUUUGUAGCCUCUUUUCAAUAGCUGUUUCCUAAUCCGCAGCUCUUAGAACUGGCAUGUGGUGACUUGGGUAAAUUAUUGUUCUUUUAUUUUCGCUUGCAUGUGACAGGGCCUGUUUGCUAUCCUCACAGGCAGUUUUCACCCCAGUGUUAGCCUGUUCUGACCUCUUUUCUCGUGGCAUAUAAUAUAAGGUAGGCAAAGAUUAUUAGUCUACUGAAAUAGCUGUUUUGCAGGAGGUUGUGUGAUGGUUUAACCCUUUGCUCCCCUCCCUUGACUGUUUCAUUUUCUCCAUGAGCACUUAAGGGGUUAAGCCUUGAAAGCAGUUAUCUAUCAAACAAAAAAUUCUUCAUAUAAUUGAACAGCAUGCUUUUACCCCAUUGAUGGUAUAUGCUUUCUCUCCUCUUUUUCAGCACCCUUCCCAACUGGUAAUCAGUAAAGGUUGACACAAUCCAAAAAAAUGGCAUCAGAAGACAUUUCUAAGCUGGCAGAGUCCUUAGCUAAAACUCAGGUGGGCGGAGGGCAGCUGAGCUUCAAAGGCAAGAGUCUGAAACUCAAUACCGCAGAAGAUGGUAAGAGGAAUAGCACUGCUUUGAAUGUUUUCCCAGCAUUAGAUCCUGGAAAAGUCUGGCCUGAUCAAAUAUAUGUCCCCCCUCCCUUUAAUCUUUCUAAAAUGGCGGAUUUGCAGGAAACCCAAUCCUUCCUUGAUUUUAGAUUCUGAAUUGCAGGUUGAAUGUGUAUCUGUGCUUCACAGGCAAAUUCUUUCUGGUGGUUCCUCUAGAGACCCAAACAAGGAGAAUGAUUUCAGGAGAGAUUCUCCAACCGCCCUUAGUACAUACCUAGGCUGCACACACACCCCUUUCUCCAAGUAUUUUUUUAAGAAAUAAAAAUGCACAACUGGUACUGUUAGCACUGUUAGAUCUCAGUUUUGAGAGCAAGUAAUAUCCUGCUUAUUCUGUGCAGCCGAAGAGGUGAUUAAAGAGAUUGAGGAGUUCGAUGGCCUGGAAGCACUACGCCUCGAAGGCAACACUGUGGGGGUGGAGGCAGCAAAGGUCAUUGCCAAGGCUCUGGAGAAGAAAUCUCAGCUCAAGGUGAGCAUUUCAGUGGAUGAUGGACAGUGGAAAACCCAUUAUCUUGCAACUUGCAUUCAUUGUCUGCUUGACUAGCAGAUAAAACAGGCCCAGGGAGAUCUGUGACAUUCACAAACAUAAGGGAAAAAAUCAAAACUGUCUUAGCAAUUUAGAAUUAUAAGUGGCAUUCACCACUGUGCUUCCUGUGAUUGACUCUGUUGGUAAGUGAACCUGUGGGUCUCCAGAUGUUGGACUCCCAACUCCUAUCAUCCCCAGCCAGCCUGGCCAGCGCUCAGGGAUGCUGGGAGCUGUAUUCUGCCAUGAUUUGGAGGGACCCAGGCUCCCCGCUCUUGAUUUAAGGAAAAGUUUGAAUUGGUGGAGCAAAUACUGGUUGAAACCAUUGUUCAAGCAAAGUUUACUAUUUUUGCAGAGAACAAAAUGAAAUAUGCUAGGUCUUACAGUAGCAGUUAUGAAUUCUUCAGCCAUUCUCUCUCCUGCCCUCAACCCUCUGACUACAAAACAACCGUCUGACUAUUUUUUGGGUGGGGUGGUGAUUGCAUAGAUAGGCCCUAUUUUUUUAAAAAAAAACAUUGCUUCUUGCCUUCCUUGUGAACUCUGAAGUAGCAGUGCUUCGGCUGUAGUUACUAAGCUUGUGUAUGUGGUAAGAUUUUAAAUUGGUGUGCAAGAUUAUACUGGAUAUUUUAGCAAAUUGCCACUCUGCAUGCCUCCUUUGGAGCAUGGUAAUUUUAUUUAUUUCACAAAAUUUAUAUACCACUUGAUUGCAAGCAACAACAACCCUCAAAGCAGUUUCCCAGAGGAAUAAAGCAAUGAAACUACCAGUAAAAAAAAGUUGAAGACAAAUGUUUUAAACAUUUAAUGAAUAAUUAAAACCAACAAUAAGGAUUAGUUUACCAAAUUUCUAAUCUGUAUGUAUUAUUGCUAUGUGCUGUCAAAAACCUGUUAUUAUAAAAAGCUACUCUUGAUCAAAACAUUUGAUAUAAAGCCUGUGUAGCUCUCCAUUAUGCACGCCAAGUAAGUGAGUACAAAUACUUUGACUAAUCAUGGUAGAUUACAAUGUACUUUUAUUUUUAAGCAUGUAUAUGAUAUAUAUAUAUAUAUGUGUCUUAUUUUAGAGAUGUCAUUGGAGUGAUAUGUUCACCGGGAGACUACGAUCUGAAAUUCCCCCUGCUCUGGUAAGUGUAAGACUAGGUCGCUAAUAUUACUAAAUGCCAUUUUCAUUAUUUCUUAUCAUGAUAUUUUUCUGAGGCUAAAGUGUAGGAAUGGCUUUCUGAGCUUGUUGAUCAACAGUGGGAGCAAUAUACUGUUUCUGUUACAGGGACUUUAUGGCAAAGGUGGGGAAGCUUUUUCAGCCCAAGCUUUAUUACCCUUUCUGGGUAACUUUCCGAGGGCCACAUGCCAGUGGUAGGUAGAGGCAGAGGCAAAAGUGGGUGGGGCAUUAAAGUUAAAAAUUACCUUUGUACAGUAGGCUAGUUUCUGCACACAGUCGUGCACACCUUGCUAUCCUCUAUCCAUGCAACCAAGAGGCACUGUCAGAGUUCAAGGACACACUCAUUCCAGGCAAAACCACUUGGGCUGCAAAGCAGAGCCAGUCAGGAGUGUGGCCUGAGGAGAAUUUUGAGGGUCUUAGGUUCCUCACCUCUGCUUCAGAUAGAGACAGGGAUGUGAUUAAUGAAUGACCAAAUGGAAGGUUAAGAAGAGUUGUAAUUUUAAGCUUUGAAAUUGGUUGUCGUAGAUUAAUUGCCAAGAGAGAUCUCUGUUGGGCAGAAAUUGAGCAAUGAUGGAAUCUGUAUUAUAAUAGUAACAGUUUAAUAAAACAUUAGGGCAUUAUAAGGAGGGCAGAGUGUCAUCAGUGGCUGUUUCCUCAGUCCUCUUUGCUCAGUGUCACAACAUAUCUGUUGCUGGAGAAAAGGCCAGGAGGAAACAGAAACACAGCAUCCAGGUAGAUGGGUGUGACUUGCUCAUCCCAGCUACUUGUGUUGCCCCUCCUUUGCACAGGCAUGGCACAUAGGACAGCUGCCUCCCUACCUGCAACUUCUCCAUUUUAUGAACGAGAAGGAGCCUCUCAAGGCUGCUAGCGGGUGAUGGGUGAAAAGAGACGGCAAGAAAUGGCUGCAGAGCAGAUCUCUGUCCUCUGUAGUAGACGGGGGCAUUGUGUCAAAUUUACCUUUUGUUCAUCUUUCAGAUCGCACUUGGAGAGGCCAUUGUUUCUGCUGGCUGCCAGCUUACAGAGCUGGAUCUGAGUGACAAUGCCUUUGGACCAGAUGGAGUGCGUGGGUUUGAGGCACUUCUGAAAAGCCCUGCCUGUUUCACCCUGCAGGAGCUCAAGCUAAACAAUUGUGGCAUGGGCAUUGGUGGUGGCAAGGUAAGGGCAUUUCCUGGGUGGGGAAUCCAGUCUUCACAGCAGGGUGAAACCUGGAACCCCCACUAUUGGGGCUUCCUGCCUAUCCAUCAUGUGAUGUCACCAUGAUGUCACUUUUUCCCCCUUAACGUAGAACUUGAACUGCAAAGGGAAGAUCCCAAUGGGGUUGUGUGAAGUCACUUCCUGUCAGUUGAUUGACACUGUCUUCAAACCCUAUUUCUGACAAGUGUUGACUAUUCAGAAACUUUGAUUUAGAGCUCUUGAGUAGAACCGGUUCCAGAAGGGCUUCUGUUUGCCAACAAGUUUUUUAUUGCUUCAGAUUGUUGUCUGCAUUAAAAUCUCUACAAGCUGAACAGGGUGGGCAGGCUUCUCUUUUUCUAGUAAAAAAAAGUCUAAUGUUUGACGGAUAUUUUUAAAAAUAUCUAAAGCGUUCCUCUGCCUGCCAUAGAAGGGGGUUUUUUUUUGAGAGGGAUGGGAGAGCCAAGACCCUAAUUUGGGGACCUGUGUCCUUAUCUCACACACAUGGAAAUCUGAGUUGAGGACACACAACAGAGUCAUCUUACUAAUCUACAUUCCCCUCAUGAUAUUAUUGCUGGGAAUAGCCUUCAGUGGUGUGUAAUAUUUCCUGCAGAGUGCCUGCAUUAUGUAUGUAUGUAUGUAUGUAUGUACGUACGUAUGUAUGCAUGUAUGUAUAGGAAGUGGUAGCUUAAAUGUGUGCCUUAUAGGAAUGGAAUCCCUCAGGCCAAAAUGACAUUAUAGUAGCAUAAACAGUCUGGUAUUAUUAUUUUAGAUCUUGGCUGCAGCUUUGAAAGAGUGUCACAGGAAAUCAAGUGUUCAAGGCAAGCCUUUGGCUCUGAAAGUAUUUGUGGCUGGCAGGAACCGCCUGGAAAAUGAUGGUGCAACUGCUCUUGCUGAGGCAUUCAGUGUAAGUACAAAAAGCAGGACUUUGAGACAGGAAGUUUGCCCUGACAUUUGUUGCAUGGGAAGGGAUGCUCUUAGCCAUUGGUGUUAAUGAACAUGCAUAUUCUUCCUCCAAAGUGUGUUGUGGUGCCCUUUAAAAAAAUGAAUUCAUUUUGCUACAAUGCUACUAUCUCCUGCAUUGAAUGGUAUUAGUAGUGGUCAAGUUCGUUGCAGCAUCAGAAAAGGCCAUUUGAGGCAGCCUAAGUCACCUCUGUUGAUACUGCUGCAAGAAGCGGCUUGCCAGGUAGAGUGGCACCACUGUGCUAGCUUGCCAGGAAAUGGGUGCUCUUGCUUAUCAGGAGGGGCAGACUGGAAAGGAGGUUGAUGCGGAGCAAACACACUGGCAGAGCCAAUCUAGGGUUCCUGCUGGUGCUUUUGCACCACAUUGACCUCCCUGCUCCAUUGGCCCUCCCUCCUGGUAAGCAACAGCAACUCACCUGCAGUAUUUCUCAGUUGGUGGGCCAGGGACUACUAGUGGACUGCAUUCCACUUUUAGGUGGGCCUCAAUUCUUCUUACUCACCCACCCUGCAUUCUGGCUGUGCUGCAGAAUUUUUGUUGGACUAAUGCCAGCACCAUAAACUUGCCACAUGCAGAGUAAAAGUGGUUGGGAGAAGAAGUGUGGAGGAAAGAGAGAUGAUUUCACGCUGAAGAGAAAGAGCAAGAGGAGGUGUUGAACUAAAUUAGAAAGAGAGACAAAAACUAAUAUUUUAAAAAGUAAAUCAAGCAGGAUGAGUAAGCAAUGGGACAAGAAAGGAAAGUUGUUCUGGGUUUCAACAUUCUGGAAUCAGGAAUGUGCUUAGGCUUUUCGUUAUUCAAAUUAGCCAAUCAUUUUUGAUUGCUAAAUAGUAUACAAAGGGUUCAGACAGAAUACCCCAAAACAAUUGUGGAAGAUGGAGAGAAAAGGAUCUGAGAACACCACUCUCCUAGAAUGACAUGAACUUUAUUUGCUUUACAUUCUGUUUUUGCCCCUUCAGGCUAUUGGGACUCUGGAAGAAGUUCACAUGCCACAAAAUGGAAUCAACCAUCCAGGAAUUACAGCCUUAGCUGAGGCUUUUGCUGUCAAUCCCUUGCUGAGGGUGAUCAACCUGAACGAUAACACUUUUACAGAGAAGGGAGCUGUGGCUAUGGCUGAGGUGAGCUCCUUUCACUUAAAAUUAAUCCCUCUUGAUUCUAACAGUGACUUGGGCCAGGAAAUCCUGAGAAAGUGUGUGUGGGGGGAAACACUUUCCUUAGGAUUAAGUUGGUCUUGUGUGGUCUUGCAUGGUCAAAUAGAAUAGUGAGUGGAAUAAUGUUCUCUAUUCCAUUCAGACCCUCAAGAAACUCAGACAAGUGGAAGUGAUCAACUUUGGUGACUGCCUAGUACGUUCCAAGGGUGCUGUUGCCAUUGCUGAAGCUGUUAAUGAAGGACUCCAUAAAUUAAAGGUAUUGGCUACAACUUAAAUCUUUCAGGAUACUGUAUUUUGUUAAGCUGCUUGGGAGAAAUCUGAGUGAUUGAGAUUUCAAAUAGGAAAUCCUUUUUUUUCCCUUUUUUUUCUUUCUUUUUUUUUGGUCCAUCUCCCCAUACCAUUUAAUUCAAAAAACCCUGAAAUAGGGAUUGACAAAAUACAUGACUACUCAUUUUCGUGCCUAUGGCUGAGAUCCAUCUUAAAGCUAAAGGCACCAUUAUGAAUUGAUGCCAAAACAUAGCCACUAAGCAUGAAUAUAUUACAAGCCACUUGGCGUGAUGGAAGAAUGACAUUUAUUCUGUUUGAGAGAAAUGUAAGUGUCUUCCAUCCAUUUAAUAUGAAAUUUGGCUUAGAGGUAGUGUACUGAAUCUAAUACUACAAAGAGUCAACAUAAACCUUCAUCUAGGAUUUAUUUCUGUGAUUCUUAAAAAGGAAACCAAGCACUAUUUGCCAUCUCUUAAACAAGGUUAUUCAUAAUUCAGUCAUUUCUCCCCUAACCUCAUCACCUCAACCUCAACCUUUUUAAUGAAGCUUUUUUUGGAUUCCUGAUUUGGUACUUUGUAAUGUGAAUUGUAGACAUACCUGGCUUGAACAUGCAAAAUAUAUGUCUAUUUUUAAAAAAUAUUCCUCUAAAACCAUAGCUUCUGUCUGUUUAGGAACUCAACUUGUCUUUCUGUGAAAUCAAGCGAGACGCUGCUCUAAUUAUUGCUGAGGCUACUGAGGACAAGUCGGAGCUACAGAAGCUGGAUCUCAAUGGUAUGAGGCUUAUGAUGUCAGUGUCAAAAAUGUUUUACUAGAAAUCUGUAGCUGGAUAAUUGCCUGGUUCAUUCAGGUCGGCAUGUGAAUACUGUAUGCCACAGUUCCCUCUCUUCCCCAACCUUCUGUUUAACCCAACCUUCCCAUAGGUUCUUGGUCCAUUGCCCACCCCACACACUUGUUUCUCCAAUCCUGUCUCUGGGAUUCCCGUCCUUUAGCUUCCCUAACUAAUUGAAUCUCAUAUCACUUGGCCGUGCAAUGCUACUGUAGUUCCUAGAGCCUGUGCAGGGUCUUAGUCCUAGCCAAAGUGAUUUUCUCUCCCAGAAGAUGGAUAGGAAACAUUCUGACAUAUUGCUCUCUGAGCAUAUAUUGUUAGGAUCGUCCUACUCGCUUGUAGGACCCUGGCAGAGUCACAUGCCUGACUGGCAUGUUCUCUGCCUCCUGGUCGGUCAUUCGGGAGCUUCGAAAGCUUUCUCCAGCCUGAACAUCACAGCGACUGGUACCAAAAGGCAUUAGCAUGCUUUAGGAUAUUGCAGAGUGUUAGCAGUUUACGUAACAGAACUCAGUAGCACAGCAUUUUGGCUAAUCUACUUUAUUUACAUAUAAUACACUCAGAGCAUUCUGACUUAGCUCCUUCCUCUUUCUCACCAGACAGCAAAGAGAGAGAACAAAGGACAAUAUUCCCACAUCACGGAACGCAGUAACACAAAACUUCCUUUCUCCGUCAAUUCCCACAUUGUGGAAUGAAAACAUACACCAUCAUGUGAUAGACAACAAUCCCAUGACUGCAAACACAGAGCAAGAAUCCUAACAUAUAUAACGUUCAUGAAUAUUCUAUAUCACCACUACAAUUUAGCCAUUUUGUGUCAGAGACUUCACUACCAAAGUACAAUAUACUUGCUUUUUAAACACUCUUCCACAUAGACCCAGCAAACCCAACUGAAGUGGCAUUUCCUUCAGAGCACGUCCCAUGAUUGGGCAUUUAAAUAUUAAAGUUGUUCAUAUAAAGAUAAUACUGAAGCAAUAACUGUUUCAUUCCCAACAGUUUGUAUUGCUAAACAAAUGCCUUUAUGGCAGCUGUAGAGUUUUUGUUGGGUGCAUGUGGCACAAGAAGCUCAGUCAAGUAGUUAAGCUCACAACAGAAAACAGCUGUUUAGCAGAGUGGUCUUUAUGGGGCCAACACCAACAUACACACAGAGAUGGUACAAGUAGCUUUCUCCCUCUCAACCCAGAGAGGAUUCUUUGUUUCAAAGUCAUUGCUGUGUCAAAGUCCACAGCCAAGUCCUAAGCUUGGUUGCUGCAAAGUCCUGCAACUGAUAGGGUUCUCUGAGUUCUGAAGUCUGGCAAUUUCCCAGCUUCUUCCUCAGACACCUUCAAAGUCGUCCCUUAAAUCCGUAGUCCCAACAGAUAGCCUUCAGCAGUUCCUGAAAUCUCCUCCCACGACCCACAGAGUUUUGCCCUUUUCUACGCAAAAUUACUUGCCAAAUCUGCCCAGUAACACAUAUGAGAGAGUCACAGGAUGGCUGCAGGUGCAUUGUGGGGAUUACAGUCUUUGCUGAUGUCUGUCCUUCUGUCCUUGCCACAGGGAAUUGUUUUGGAGAGGAGGGCUGUGAGCAGCUCCAAGAGAUCCUUGAAGGCUUCAACAUGGCAGAAGUGCUUGGAUCUCUGAGGUAAGAUAUAUGAAGAAGCUAUGGUAAUCUGCUGCUAGAGUUCCUUGAUUCUCUAGUGAAGCUGCAUGCAAGCAGUGCUGCUUGUGAAAUGGCCAUUUCUCCAACAGUAGUGAAGCUCGGGCUCCUAAUUGGUUUUGCUGUUUUUAUAACAACCAUUCUAGGAGUGUUACAGUGGGAUAAGUCUGACUUGGGGGCCCUUGACAUGCCCAUCUCUUGAUCGGUUGGCCUGAGUUUUUUGUUCCUUAAAACUUAAAUUGUAUGGACCCUCUUUGGAAAUGGCUCAUUCCUUAUGUUAGUUAUUCAUGAUUGGCUAGUUAACCAUUGCCAGGAUGCAUAGCUUCUAUUCCCGAGUGUGAAAAUAUUUUUCGGGUUAACACUUGUUGCUGCUCUUUUUGGUGGCUUAGGGGUUUGUGCUCUGCCUUUCUGAGCUCCUUUCAGAAAAAGAUUUUAUAAGCUGUUUUACUUGGUCUUUGCUUGUGUAAAGAUACAAAACUUGGUUUGUGACUACAGUUUUCUAAAUGAGGCAAGAAAAAUAUGAUGAUGAUGAUAAGUUUAGGUUGUAUUCCACUAAGUCAGAGUAGACCAAUGAAAUCAAUUGACAUAACUAACUCAAAUCCAUUGAUCUCUGUGAGUCCACUCUGAGUAUGAUUGGGUCGUAUACCACCAGUUUUCUAGGAGCUGUACAAAGAUUAAAUAUCAAAUGCAUCUCUGUCCACGGGGUAACAGUCUAACAUUCCCAAAACAAAAGAAAAAGGGGAUGGGAUAGGAACUGGAAAACAGUCAAAUUCAGUCACUGAUGAAGGCUCUGGGGAAACAAUUUAUUAUUUAUACAAAUAUUUAUAACCCACCCACUCAUAUAAUAUAUCAAGGUGGUGUACAGAAAUGUGUAAAAAUAGAAUAGAACAUAAAAUAGCAUUAAGAACAAUACAGUGAUGGAUGAUAUCCACUCCUGAGGUCCAACUGCUGCUCCUUGAAAGGACCGCUAGGGAGAAUAGCCACCCCUACAAGUGUGCUUCCUUCCAUCUUUGCCACUAGAUCUUCCUCUUUAUUUGCGUUUAGGAUUAUUUAGUGUUGACUGUUACAAACUGGCUGGCAAUAAAAUGCUUGCAUACGCCAUGAAGGAGCUAUAUUCAUAACAUUCUAUCUCACGCUUGUCCACCUAGUGAUGAUGAUGGAGAAGAUGACGACGAUGAUGAAGAUGACGACGAUGAAGAGGAGGAGGAGGAGGAAGAGGAAGAGGAGGAAGAAGAAGAGCCAACUCAGUUGCAGGAGAGAGGCCAGGGAGAGCAAGAAUCACUGACGCCUAAAAAAAUAUUGGAGGCACAUGUAAGUAUGAACAGAUCCCAUUACUUUCACAUAGAGGGAAAACAGCUGUGGAUGAAGUGAUAUGGGGUGGGAAAGUGUUCUGUAAGAUUUCUCCUGCCAUAUUUUUCAUUGUAAUUUUUCCAUUUCCAACAAUGCAGCAUUGCAUAAAAUUAAUUAAAAUGUAUUGAGUGAAUACAAGUAAGAUUGGGCUGCUAAGCAAGAAUUUCAAUUCAAAUAUUUUUAGCUACUGGAAAAACUUUCGAGUUGUUUUUACAAACUUUAAGCACUACAGCCCUGAUUCACAGGUCACAUUAAACUACAGGUUUAAUGUGAGCAAGUAGCAUGCUGAAAUGGACUGCUCUAAAGUUGCUUCUGUAUCACUGUCUUCCAGCCUAAUCAGAAGCCCCAGGUUCAGAUGAUAAAUCAAGCCAGACUCUGGCUUGUUUCAGCCAUGGCAGGAGACGAGCACCGCAGGAACAUUUGAGCAGUAUGCAUCAGUAUUCUGCUUGUUCACAUUAAACUAUAGUGUUAAAUUGUGGUUUAAUGUGAACGGGGCUAACAAAAGUUAGCCUACUAAAUUUAAAGCAGAAAUGCUAAAUCAGACUCUAGUCUGAGGACUAACUCUCCAAGGACCACAUGCCUUCAGAGGGCUAGGACUGUCAAUGAGUGGCACCAUCCCACACUCUUGGACAGAUGCACAAACAGUACACACACACACACACACAGAGAGAGAGAGAGAGAGCUCUCUACCCCUUUCUCUUUUUCUUUUUCUUUCGCUUUGUUUCUUCCCUGUGCGCCAUCCCUUUUUUGUCCAUUGGAAGGGAUAAUUCAGGAACAACGGAAGCAGCUCCCUCUUCAUCCCAAACAACAGAGCGAUUUGUGGGGGAAACCCCAUAGUUUUUCCUUGGUUUCCCACAAUUCUCCCCCACAACUGAGCAGUGGUAAAGAGGGAGCUGCCCUUGUAGGUUUUACUGAGUCAAGGCGUUCCAGUUGCCUUGAGGCAGUGGCUUGUAACAGAGAAAGGCUUCUUUGACCCUCAUUUUUCCUGAGGCACAAGACUUCAGUGAUAGGAAGAUAUUUUUGCUGUGGCCUUAGUAUGUUCAAUGGAAAGGCUCAGCAUGGUGCUGUAAUAUAGCAUUAGGCUCUUCUCCACUAAUUUAUUUAUGACAACCUUCCCUGUUGCUGCAACUCUCUUUUGGGACCUUCCUUUCCCUCCACUUCUCAUCUACAGCACUAGAGUUCUGGCACUUGUGAAUUUUCUGGGGCAUUACUGGGGCACACUAAUUUUCAUGGCCGUCUCUUCCAGGAUUCUACUCCAGUGGUUUCUCCUUCUCUCCCUCCUGUGGAUGUUGGCACUUUUCUUGCUUUUCCAUCUCCGGAGAAACUGUUGCGACUAGGCCCUAAAUGCUCCACCUUAAUAGCGCAGCAGGUAAGUCACAGCUGUUUUUCAUGAGUCGUGGGGGGUUGUUGUUGUUUUUGCAAAGCUUCAGUUUGAGAUUGGUCUUUAUUAGGUGUUUCAGAAGAUUCAGCGUACAAAUACUUACAUAACUUCAGGAAGGCUACAAAAUAUGCUCGAGUAUAAUUAGACUUAUCUGUAUUCUUCCCCCUGAAAAUCAUAAUAAUAAUAAUAUUUAUACCCCACCCAUCUGGCUGGGUUUCCCAUGCUUGCUACUUGUUGAAAUAGCUGGGGGUGCAGGUGUCAUGCAUGGACUGCAAUUCCAGGCGUAAUGGCCCUGGACUAGUUGUUCUUUCAAGCAGCAAAAAUACCUUGCGGUUGAUUCUGCAUUUUUUGAUUCUGGAAUGACGUUUCUUCUAGACAGACACAUCUGACACAGAGAAAGUUGUUGCGGUUUUUCUGAAGAUAUCUUCUGUGUUCAAAGAUGAGCCAACAGUAAAAUCAGCAGUGAAUGAAACAACAGGUGAGCCUGGGAACUUUGGCCAAUAGAAUGAUGGCAAAGAGCAGGCUAUCAGGCUCAGUCGCUAUGGCCGGGGUGGCUAACCUUUUUUUAGCUGAAGGGCUGCAUUGGCCAAUGGUCAACUGCAUUGACUGCAGGGUUCAAGAGGGCAUGACCAAUUUUUAAUUAUUAGUUUUGGUAAGAAAAGACACAUUUUGGGGGUCUUGAGAUGGUCAUAAAAACCUUUUUGGUAUCACAGCAGAGAGCCUCUGGGAGCAGUCAGUAAAAAUUAAGUAUUUUUUUAUAAUAACCAAUUUUUUGGUGAGGGAUAUUGUGGGGACACAAAAAUGCUAUAGGAAGAGCUAUAUGCUGCAGAUUAGCCACCAUAUGAAGAUACCAGCUAAGUUCUGUGACCCACCAGGUUCUUAGUGUCUUUCUUUUGGCCACCUGCCUUCAGGACUGUAAAGCUUGAGAGCCUCUUUCCCUGAAAAAUUGAACCCUGCCAUUCUCUUUUUUCAGAUGCCAUGAUGAGAGAAGCUUUUUCAUCAGCUACCUUCAAUUCUGAUGCUUUCAUUACCAGCCUCCUGAUUCACAUGGGUUUGCUCAAGGUGAGAGGAGAAGCAAAUGAGUUGUGGCAACUGUGAGGUGUGCUCUGUAUAAGCAAACCGCACCCUUGCUCCAAAAAUCAGAGAGAUUUAGAAGACCAAGAUAGCUGCUUGUGGAAGAUGUUCUUUCUCUGUGACUAUAUAAGGCUUCUAUGCAUAUCUGGUGAUAAGCGAUAACAGAAACCUGUUCUCGAUACCAGGUGUUCUAAAAUGGAAGUACGCAUUUGCUCUUGGCAAAUGGAAGGCAUGUGGUAGGAAUGGAAAGCAAAUAAUACACUUGCAUAGACAGGGCCUUGAUCAAGUGCCUAUUGUGCUCAAGCAACAGCUAAGUGUGAAAUUUUACCUUCUCACCCAUCUGUCCCAAAUGCAUCCACUUGAGGGCUUUUUCUGCCCUUUAAAAAGGGUAUAAAUGAUAUGGCAGCUGGAUGUCCUGUAAGGCCAGAAGGGACACUGGGCACAUGCUUUCAUUUCUCAGGCCAAAAAGAAAUUGUCUGGGCUUUGAAAGGCGCUAGGGUAGGCAGCCACGAAGGGAUGGAAGAGAAACAGGGGACACUGGUAUCUUGAACUGCACCAUCUCAGCAAAUUUAUAUAUUCAACACAAUUUAAAUAUACUCCUUGAGUGUAAAAAUCAGUGGUCUCUGAACGAUCUCAGAUGCUCAUUUGUAUCUCAUGCAUGUCUGCUUGUACCUUCCAGAGCGAAGAGAAGAUCAAGGCUGUACCAAGCCUUUAUGGCCCUUUGAUGACUCUGAACCACAUGGUCCAGCAGGAUUAUUUCCCUAAGUCUCUUGUGCCAGUUCUUUUGGCCUUUGUUACAAAGUGAGUAUUGCGCCUUUCUCCAUAAGAAAAAUUAGCAACACCUGCUGCUCCCAGAGAACAGAGACACAUCAUAUUGCUGGAUCCAGAAGAAACCUCUCAGCACAAGACAUGAUAUUACAAAGGGCUUAAACGUCAGCCAUAAACUGUAAUGACUUUUGCUGAAAAGCCUUUUUUGGUUGGUUGGCUGGUUUUUUUAAGGGUGAUAGAUAUCCAGCCUUGGAAUCACACCCUCAUCUGGAGAGGGGUUAUUCAUUCAUUAUGGUUGAUUUAUUAAUGCCCCUCCAUUUGUUGCCUAUGUGAAUGGCCUGAGGGACCUGAGAGAGAGGAUCUCUUUUCCAGAGCCAUUCACAGUACAACCUUGUUCUGAUGUUUUAAUGUUAAGUGUUCUCACAAUUGUUAUAAUAGUGUGGUUAAUCAAAACACAUAUUUUAUCAUAAGGUCUCAAUAAUCCCCUUGAGGUCUGCCUUUCAAAGAGCAGAAUGACAUGAGAACUUUUCAUUAACAAACCCUCCCACGGGGAGUUCUGAAGGGCUCAAAUUUUACUCCUUUACUGUACAGUGGUGCCUCGCAAGACGAAAUUAAUUCAUUCCGCGAAUUUUUUCGUCUAGCGAAUUUUUCGUCUUGCGAAGCACGGUUUCCCAUAGGAAUGCAUUGAAAAUCAAUUAAUGCGUUCCUAUGGUCAAAAAAAGUCCAAACAAAGCCAAAUUUGGUACAACAAGAGUUUAUUAAGUGCUCUUUAAAGUCACAUAUACUGUAAAGAGCAUUUCAAAAUUCAAACCCAGAAUUUUUUUAAAAAAACAGCAGAGUUGCCCAAUGGUCACAGAAAAUCAUAAAAAUGCAGAAAAAAAACCACAAGCUUCCAGAUUCUUGCAAACCCCUCUCCAACUGUUCCCCCAGCCACCCAGCACACAGAAAUUCAAAUCCAGAAUUUUUUUUAAAAAACAGCAGAGUGGCACAAGGGGCACAGAAACUCAUAAAAUUGCAGAAAAAAACACAAGCUUCCAGAUUCUUGCAAACCCCUCCCCAACACCAAGUCCUUGAAUUCCAAACACCCCAACCCAAAAUCCAAAACCCCCCCAAAAAGUUUUAAAAGCUUAACUUACCAAAUGGCUGCAAAAGAAGUUUUGGAAAAGCUUCAAAAAUCACCAAAGUCUUUAAAAACCUCAAAAAAGGCUACUAUGUACACUGCGUUCUAUGAGUUGCUCCUCGAAGUCAAGUUGCAACUGUAUUAACGGUGUUAAGAAAAAGGAAACAAACUUGCAAGACGUUUUCGUCUUGCGAAGCAAGCCCAUAGGGAAAUUCGUCUUGCGAAGCAGCUCAAAAACGGAAAACCCUUUCGUCUAGCGAGUUUUCCGUCUUGCGAGGCAUUCGUCUUGCGGGGCACCACUGUAAAUGGCAUGGACGAUGCUGGCAGAUUUGUUUUUGCCAAAGGGGAACUUAAUUCUACUACCUUAACUAUAGCUUCUGUUUACCAUCCCUUCCUAAAAAUACCCUUUCAAAAAUACCCUUUUACUCAGCCUGGAUAGCUCAGUUGGUUAGAAUGUGGUGUUGAUAAUGCCAAGGUUGCAGGUUCAUUCCCAUAUGGGACAGCUGCAUAUUCCUGCAUUGUGAGGGGUUGGAUUAGAUGAUCCUCAGGGUCCCUUUCAACUCUACAAUUCUGUUUCUAAACGGAUGUCUUUUCAAGAAGGUGCAAUAAUGUUAGAUGGUGAUUUAAAUAGGAUUUGUGAUGUUCACAUGGAUAGAAGGGGUUCCACACCUUCUAAAAUGAAAAUCCAAGCCAAGGCAUUUUGCCAAAGUGCUACAAGGCUUUAAUUUCAUUGAUGCUUGGUGUUCGCUUCAUCUGACCCCAAGAGACUUUAGUUUCUGUUCUCAUCCAUAUGAGCAGUACAGUUGUAUCCAUGUUGCUCUUUUGUCUUCCAUUGAACCUCAUAAGAUUAUGCAAGCGGGUAUUGGCAGUCAGACGGUCUCAGACCAUGCCCCAGUGUGAGCAGUAAUACAAAUAUUCAAUAAAGUUGCACUGUCCUUUUCUUGGCAAUUACCCCCAUGCUGUGGUGGCAGCACCACCUAGUGGUCGACCACAUUGUGGCAGAAUUGAAGUCAUAUUAAACAAUGGGAAAUGAAGAUAGAUAGAUAGAUAGAUAGAUAGAUAGAUAGAUAGAUAGAUAGAUAGAUAGUGUGUGUGUGUGAGAGAGAGAGAGAGAGAGAGAGAGAGAGAGAGAGAGAGAGAGAGAGGGAGGGAGAGAAUAUUGUCCUGGAUAGACUUCUGUCAGUGCAGAACUUCUUUGUUUCACGCCUCACUGUUGCUACAGAUUGAAUCCUGUUUCUGCCCCACAACCCCAUUUUCCUGCGGUACACUUUGCUCUGUACUCCAUAGUUACACCAGAAUAAUCCUGAUAGGCCAGGGGUGACCUUCCAGAUGUUGUUGGGCUGCAUCUCCCAUCCUCCUGCAUGGACCAUAGCUAGGAUGCUGGGAGUCCAACAACAUCUGGGCAGCCAGUUAGCCCCCACCUCCCGUUUUAGACCAUGGGGCCUACAUGUACAUGGGACACAUACAAGUGUAUCUGACUGUUGCAUUGUGGGAAAUCCUGAGUAUUUUUUUAAAGCACCUAGCGAUUGCCACUGCCUAUGGCAGAUUCCAGGGCUACGUAACUGAACUCUUUGUCACCUUUGAGAAUAUCUGUUGAUCCGAGCACAAGUUCAUUAAUAUUGAUCCCUUCUUCUAUUUCCAUUUUAUCUUUUCAGACCCAAUCGUGCUUUGGAUUCCUGUUCCUUUGCCCGCCACUUGCUCUUACAAACCCUCCACCAGCUGUAAUACACAGGAAGCUGUUUCCCUCACAUUAUAGGACUGCCAUCAGAGUGCUUGAGAUGGAGAGCAGAUAAAGACAACGGAACUUAUGGAUAAAACAUUCUGCCUCUUUUGACACCAGGAUGUCUGGCCACCUACUGCUACCUAAAGCUUUGAGGAAGUCUGCCAUGUGCUUUUUUAAAAAAAACGUGUUCGUGGUUUUUUUGAGGGGGCUGUGUGUUUUUAAGCUCUCUUUUUUCCAAAGUGAACUCUGCCUUUCCCAGUGUAAAUACUUUGUUGUUUCCCCCCAUCCCCCUUUCUCUGAGGUUAGUCUUCCCUCGGCUUUUCUGCAUUUUGUUUAGCUGAAACUUCUGUUUCCAAAUUCAGGGCUUUGGACUCACUAAAUGGCUUAAAUUGAACUGUUUGUCAGAGGACCACCUCUCAUGGGGUAACAGGAAAUCUUGACGCUAACUUUUUUACUGCACUGUCCUAUGAGCUUUGGGGGAGCAAUUCUUCCAGCUCUAGGCCAGCACCAGGUAUAAAGCAAUGUCACUAUUUUUGCUGUUUCUCAGAAAUUUAGGUUAUUGUAUUGUGUGGACUGUGACAUAUAUUCCUAAUUGGGGAUAUUUCAUUGGUUGUUGGAUCAUCAUGAGUGAUCCUUCCCCAUUAGUCACUGAUGUUUCUCAUUGAAAUGACUGAUUCUGGUGGCCUGCAAGAAAACUGCUAGUAAUAUUUCUAAGCAUAAACGCUCUCAAUUAAAAUAGGUUUGGUUCAGUAUAAGAAAAAUGAAUAUUGACUCUCCUUGGAAUCAUUCUGUUCAUAUUUCGUCUUAUACCUUGAGUAAAGAAAGUGAUUGUGUUUGGAUUGUUAGAAGCAGAAAUUCGACUCAUUGGACAGUGCAGAAAUGGAAAUAAGCAACCCUUCAUAUAAUUCAACAAUGCCGCCAUUUUUAAUUACUUUUUAAUUUGAAUUUUGUUGUCCAGGUUAUUUAUUUUAAAACACAUUACCUUGAAGCCAAGCUUGAAUCAUUAAAAAAUAAAGCGAAUAACAUCUAUCCAUGC